AUGGUUGUUACGAUGUCAUCGCACACACAUGCCAAAGGUGUAUUCCAUGGUGAUAUUCACCCAGGCAACAUCCUACUGACCUCGACCGGCCCAAAAAUGAUUGAUUUUGGUUCAUCCCGUUUCAUGGAGAAUACCGGCAAAACCGCCUUUAACUACAGUGAUACCUACGACUACUCUCUUUAUUUCGCUGGUGCGAGGCGCCUUGCUUCUAGUACCCCCACCGACUGUGAUGACAUCACAAGUUUCUCCCACAUGGUCGUGUACAUCGCCCGUGGACUUCGGAUGCCUUGGGACCAGAGGUUCUGGGAGAUCACAGGGAGGGAUCUCAGCCUGGAUAUGACACUAUCUGAGCUCAUCGCGAUGAAGAAUAGUUUCUCGUCCUCAGAGCUAUGCGAAGGCCUUCCAAGCCUCUUUGAAUCCUUCCUUGCUGCAGCCCUCGGAAGCACCACAAUGAACUACGACUACAACCAUUGGUGGAACGAGUUCAACAAGUUCGCUGGGAAUAGAACCUGGUCCCGUCCUGAAAGUUCUUGA